AUUGAAGUUAUAGAUGUAAAAUAAACAAGAUUUAGACUACUGAGGCGUGGUAAAGGAAAGAGCAAUAUGUUAGACUUUUUCACUAUCUUCAGCAAGGGUGGAAUCGUCCUGUGGUGUUUCCAAGGAACAUCACAGCUCUUCACACCUUCUGUUAAUGCCUUGAUCAAAUCAGUAAUUCUUCAGGUAUGAAGAAAUAGUAUGUUACUAAGACUAAGUAAUUGAUUAUUGACAGAUCCUAAAAUUAAUUUAUUUCCUGCUACCACUCUAUUGAUUGGCAUUGGUUUCACUUUUAGUUUGUUUUUAACCAUAAAACUUGAAUUAUUUAGACCUGCUGUCAGGUGUUAAUUUUACAAUCCAGCAGAUUUUGUCAGACAUCUCUCAUUGAGCCCAUUCAAACCCAUUCCAAGCCCAGACCUUCUGGCGCUUUGCCUUUCGGUACAUGGGAAUAUGCACUUUUAACGAUUAUGUAAUAUUAUAUAUAGGCCUAAGAUUCGGUCUAACAUAUCCAUAUAAAUAAGUGAUACAUUUAUGCUAAUCAGUAACACCUGUUUCUCUGUAUUGAAUUUUUUUUUUUUUGUCAUGCCACCAUCUUUGUUGGCUUGACAGCAGACAUGUCAUAAAAAGUAGUUGCGUAUUUUAGGGACUAUUAGACACAUUGUUUUCUUUGAAAAAUUGCCUCCAAAAUUCAGGAGAGUCUUAUUCUAAUACUCAAAAUAAUAUAAGAAUGGUAAAAAUGUUAUUUUAAAAAAAAACUGCUUAAAAAUUAAGGUGCGUCUAAUAGUCAGUCAAAUACGGUACCCAACACGGAGAGACAAAUGAAAAUAAUAAAAAUGAUGGGAAUGGGUUUAUUGAUUAAAACAUUUUAAUUUUAAAUGUAUUGCUAUUAAAUAACUUUUUUCCAAAAACCCUUCAACCCUAAAUUCUUUCACUAAACUUAACCUAAAUGUCCCUAUUGAGACAGUUAUUUUCUCUGGCACAACAUCAGUGUAUCCCUUACACUAAAGUCGGCUCUCCUGAUGUGAACCAUGCAGUAAAAUGAGCAUAAAAUUAAAACUACUUACAGACAUGGAAUGUUUACAAAUAUUUUAAAGUUCAAUACUUAUUAUAUGAAGCUUUUACUUGAAAAAUAAAUUGGGCAAUACAUUUUGUUUUGCAAGUUGUGUCAAAAUAAUUUUAUUAUAAUUCUCAUAAUAAUUUAUGUAGGUGUUUUCAUUUCGUAUAUGUUUUGUGUUCAUAAAACUGCUGUCAGGAAUUAGGUCAUAAUAAUUAUAAAAUGUUUAAAAAAGAGAGUUUCCCACUUUUUUGUUAUCAGGAAAGAUCAGGAAAUAAUUCAUUCUCACAUGAAUCCUUGACUCUGAAGUAUAAACUUGACAAUGAAUUUGAACUUGUUUUUGUUGUAAGUAUGUUUUUAAAAAUUAUAGAUUAGCAAAUAAUUUUGUUUUUACAUGAACUAAUACUUUUCUGUUAAUCUUACUCUUUGAAAGAGUUAACUUAAUGAAACCUAUUAUUAUGUCAGAAAUAGUGAUAUGAAAAUUCUUAAUUAAAUUUGAUUCAUGAAAUUUUAAUUUCAGGUUGCCUAUCAAAAUAUACUACAGCUGUCAUAUGUGGACAAGUUCUUGAGCGAUAUUCAGCUCAAGUUUAGAGAUAGCUACAAAAAUGUUCUGCUAAAUGGACACUAUGGUGGUCAAAACUUUGAUGAUUUUAGUGAGCCAUUUAGUAUCAUUUUGAAAGCAACAGAAGAGGAAGCCAAGAAAGAGCAAACAGCAAAGAAGUAAUCUUUUACUAUAAUAUUACAUCUUCUUCUUCUUUAUUUUAAGGGCCCACGAUCAAUGAAUUGAUCAUUCUGGCUUUGGUAAUUUUAUGUCUGUGGGUAAGCCUUAUAAUAAGCAGCAACUUUUAACAACAAAUCCAUUUUUAGCUUGCCUCCCCUCUCAACUGUCGUGAGUUUGGCUUUGACAUUUGACCCUUUACUUCACCAAAAACUUCGUCGACACCUACUUUUUAUUAUCAUAAUUUACUAUUCACAUUUUCUUUACAGAAAAAUGAGGACUUUUGAGGAUUCCCUUAAGUCUAAAAAAACUGUGUCCUCAAUGAUUGAAAAGAAAGAUGAUAAAAAAAUUGGCAAAGGAAAAGAGAACAAACUCCCCAAAGGUAAAACAAAAUUCUCUUGAGGGAAACUUUUAAAGUCUCUUAAUUUUGAUGUUGUAAAUCAUCCCAGAGAUCAAAUAUUUUAUUUAUUAUACAAUUUUUACUUGUAUUGUUUGAACGAAUAAAAAUGUUUAAGUCUUCUGUAAUAUUAUUUUCUAUACAGUGUAAUAGUAAUAUUCUUUUCUGUACAGUGCUGGCUGGUAACAUGUUUGUUAUAGUUGAAAAUAUAUACAACUUCAAAUCAACCUAGGAGUAUGUUUUGUUAUGCAUACAUUAUUAUUAUAAAUUUAGUGAAAAAUUUAAAAUAACUCCUCGAAUGUUGACUUAGUAUCUAAUCUUCAAAGGAAAAGUUGAAGCCCCAUCAAACGGAUCUCUGCCAACACCCCCAUCAUCACCGCCUUCCUCAUUAUCGCCAGUAAAUGUGAACGGAGAUGGCGGACUAGAUGAAGAGACUCGCUUGAAAAACUUACAAAAGCUUAUUAUGUCUAAAGGAAAGAAGAAGCCAUCAACGACCAAGUGAGUUUUUAUAUAUAUAUAUAUGUCAUUGCACAAAACUUUUCUAUAUUACUUUCUUGCCCCAAGGUUUAGGGAUUUGCUUGUGCAAGUGUGUAAUUUAUAAAGCUAGUGUUGGGUGGAAAGGGGGGGGGGUGUUACUCUCUCCACAUUUUGUUUGUAAAGAUAGAUCUAAAUAUAGCUUAUCUGGACAAUUUUUACACUAGUUGCUUUGGAAUGAAAAGAUCACGUGGGCAGAAAUUUCAUUAGAUCUAAUUCUUGUUGUUGUUAGAGCAAUUAUUAAAUACUUAUUCUCUGUGCCGCAAAGCAUCCAGCCCUAGGACCAUACUGUGUAUAAUACUUAUCUCAGUUGGGUAUCCUGUAAUGGUAUUAUAUGGAUUUUAACUUCAUUUAAAUACAUCUCUGAUAUUUUAAAUAGAAACAGUGGGAUGUGAACUGAAUGUAAAGCUUAUGAACAUUUUCACACUCGAUCUUAAUGUUCUAUGUUGAAUUUUUAAUGCUGCCCACAUUUCAGUAGUGUGCGGCUUAUCAUUGAAUGUGAAACAUUUUAAAAUAAUAUUUCAGUAAAAGCCCAGAAGCACCAAAGCGUAAAGGCAAGCAGGGAACCAAGUGGGACAAUGGAGGCUCUACAAAAGACACUGAAACUCUGGACUUCAAUCCAUUUACUCCAGAAAAUGGUUCUGACAGUUAUCUUGUAACCCCAGCAGAGGUCAGAUUUCUACACUUUUUGCUUUCGAAUGAAAUAUUCAUAUUUAGAAUAAUGUUUGGGUUGUUUGAAAACUAAACAAUUUUACUACUAAUCAAUAUGUAUUGCUAUGGUAAAUUAAGAUAAAGCUUAAUUUUUCUAGCAAUAUAGUUUAUAGAGUUGAUCAAAUUAUUUUCAGCAAGUUCAAGUUGGUCGAAUGUCAGGUCCAAUUAAAGACAUAGAUAGUGCCAGCGAUGAGGAGGAAGAAAACUUUGAUGAUGAAGAAGAAGAAGAGGAGAUUGUUCAAACAAAAAAGGACGUUUCUCAUGCUAAGUAUGGUUAUAAAUUUUCUUAUAUUUAAAUCAAAUAGCGUAAAAAACAUUCUUGAAAGCAGGCUUCUUUCGAAAUACUGGUAAUUUAAAUUAUAAAAAAAACCCCACCUCCAAUGUCUCAAAUUUUGCGUUCACAUGAAUUUUGUUUUUUCCUCUUACAUUCAGCUUAUGCUAAGCUUAUCAGACAUUGUUUUUACUCUGACCAGAUCCAGCAAAGGUGGGAUGUUCAGUAUGUUCAGAAAUUUGGUUGGCUCUAAGACACUGACUGCUGAGCACCUCAGACCAGCCUUGGAUAAAAUGAAAGACCACCUCAUUGGUGAGUUGUGUUGAAUGACAUGGCAUUGAAUUAGGACGGCUUGGCUAACUGUGUUUAAGUGUGAUUGACAUGUCAACCCGUUCUUCCACAUCAUCCGUCCAUCUAAGCCCAGGUCUGCCUUUGAGCCGCUUUCCUCCGGGGUUUUGGUGGCGCACCCUCUACACUCCGCUCUCAUUUGGCAUUCUUUCCAAGUGUCCCGCCCAGCAUACCAUGCGCUUUUUUAAAUUUCUGCCACAAGCGUGGAAUUCUGAAAAUAGAGUAUGUAAUUCCUGGUUAGUUGGUAUUCUCCAUCGAUAGUCAUCCUUUACCGGUCCCUAUAUUCUUCUGAGAUCUUUACUUUCCCAUGUAUUUAAUAUGUUUGUAAAACUUUCUUUAGUUAACACACUAUCCAGAAUACCUGAUUCGAUGAAUGAAAAAGUAAUAUUUAACAUUCCAAUAUAUGCAGACAAAGAAAAAUGAAGAAGGAAAAAAAACGGACACCCUAUUUUUGUUGUCUAUGUUUUCAGCUAAGAAUGUAGCAGCUGACAUUGCAGACAAGCUGUGCACUUCAGUGGGAUCCAAGCUAGAAGGGAAAAUUCUUGGAACAUUUGGAAGUAAGUAGUCUGCUAUGUAUUUUCAAAUUCAAACCCCCUAAAAACAAAGUUUUUUCGUAUAAAUCCUUGUUAUACAUUUAUUGUUAUUUUAAUUUAAAUUAACAUUCUAAUGUCCCUCCCGCUUUUACAUCGCAGAUUCAUUUCACCAAGUAUUUCAGGAAAACAAAAGAAAAUGUUAUGCACCAAACGCAUUUGCAGUAUUUUUUUUUAAUCCUGAUAAGCGCAGUUAUCAGGAAUUUUAUUUUGUGAAGUCAGUGGCACCAUAUUUCCUUGAACUUCCCCUUGAAAAGCAGGGUUUUUGGAGGUGAGGGUUGAGGCUGGAAAUUUGAUAGAAUGUGUUGUCAUCACCAGUGAGUCUAUGUGUCAAGUUUCAGCUUUGUUAGGUGGAUGGGAAAUAGGUCAAUUAGCCGUCCCUAGAUUUUGCCAACACACCCAGAAAGAAAUUCUAAAACAAAAGUGAAGUUAAUAUAAAGGAUUUAAUAAUAUAUAAAUAUUCAGGUUUUUUUUUUACAUUUAAAAGAUAAGUGUCACAGAAUAAUUUUUAUGUUGUAUUUGGAGCAGGCUCUGCUGCUACUUGGGCCGGGGGGAGGGGGGGGGGCAUCUCCGCGGUAUAGCAGUGUUAAUUUGACUUUGAGUUCUGGCUGUCACUUAGUUUGACCCUUGUCUGCAGGUGUGGCCACCACUGUGAGAAACACCCUCCAAGAAGCCUGUGUUCAGAUCCUCUCCCCACGGCGUCGUGUGGACAUUCUGCGUGAUGCGAUGGAGGCCAAGCAGCAGAAAAGACCUUACGUCAUCACUUUUUGUGGGGUCAACGGAGUGGGAAAGUCUACAAACUUAGCCAAGGUCCAUCAUAUGUUUCAACAUAUAAAUGAGAUUAUAAGGACUUUAUUGUAUCUAUUUAUCAUUUUUUUCACCCAAAUAUUUAAUCCUGAUUUUUAUUCUGAGAAGUAUUCUCAAUAUAGCAUCUAUUUUUACGAAUCUUUUUUUUUAAUUCAACCAACUGUGGUUUAUGUUUUUAUUUUUAAUCUUAUUUUCUAAAUGUUGAAGAGCUAAAACUUGAUGGAUGUCAUAUUUUUGUUAUACAUUUUAAUCUAUCAAAAUUUGAUAAGGCCUUUGAAAAAAUUAUGGGGUGAAAAAAAAUCAAAGAAACUACGGAAGAAAAUUUUGCUAAUUCAAAACAACAGGUAGACCCAAAAAAUGAAGUUGAACAAUUUUUUAUCUUACGGAUUUUCUUUCCCCAAUAAAAUGUUAUUCAUUUUUUUUGUUGCAGGUGUGUUUCUGGUUGGUUGAAAAUGGUCUCAGUGUUUUAAUUGCUGCGUGUGACACAUUUAGAUCUGGAGCCGUUGAACAGCUGAGGACUCAUGUACGCAAGUUGAAUGCACUGCACCCUAAAGGCACCCAUGGCCGUGAAAUGGUUCAGCUCUACGAAAGAGGUUAUGGAAAGGACUCUGCUGGAAUAGCGAUGGAAGCGGUUGCCUCUGGUGAGUUAUUUAAUGAGGUGACCUUCAGCAGCUUUAUAGCAGUGUUUAUAUUUAUAAGUCCUAAAUGUGUCUUUUACGUUCUUAAAAAAUUUUUUUUAUUCAUUUCAGCUCGAGAUUAUCAUAUUGAUGUCGUCCUGAUAGACACAGCUGGUAGAAUGCAAGAUAACGAGCCUCUGAUGAGAGCACUUAGUAAAGUAAGUGCCUUUUAAGUUCUUAUAUAAAACAAAAUUUCACCUGUUUCAAUAAUUCGUGAUUAAUUAAUCAGAAAGGAAUUUUAAAAAAAUAGUCUUAUUUGUGUUAAAACUGUUAUGGCUAGUUCGGGAAAUGGAAAUAACAUUUCAUUCACUAUUUUAAACAGGAGAUGCACAUGCACAGAUGAUAAUAUGAAUAGUAGAGUACACUUUUGAUAACACAUUUUACAGAGCUCGUGUCUAAUCUUUGAACAAACAUAAAUUUGUAAGAAUUAUAAAUAGUUAUUAUUCAAUCUUUUAAUUGUUGCAGCUGGUGAAAGUCAACCAACCGGACCUGGUGCUGUUUGUGGGGGAGGCUCUGGUUGGCAACGAGGCUGUGGACCAGCUGAUGAAGUUCAAUCAAGCGUUGGCCGACCACUCUCAGUCCACCAAUCCUAGGCUGAUUGAUGGGAUCAUCCUUACCAAGUUUGAUACAAUUGACGACAAGGUGAGCACCUCUUUUGCAUUUAUUGUUAUCUCAGACUCUGAAUUUGUGUUAGUUUUUUAUUUUUAGCCUGGUGAAAGGGGUAGAAAAAAAUCAUUAUACACCACCUGACCCAUAAGGGAGACAUUCAUUUUUAAUUUUUAGUUAGGAUGUAUAUAUAUUUAUAAUGUAAUGUAAAUUCAACUUAUACUUAUAUGACUAAAAUUAUUUUCUAUGUUGGUUAUGCAAAUAAUAGUAAUAGUAAAAGGGUUGUAAUCUGUAACUACAUUUUUUCUUCUAUACUUCAAAAUAUUUUCAUACUUUUGGUGUAAUGUUGAAAGUUUGAUUUGUAUUUAUGUAGGACAUUUACCAAAGAUCACAGAAUGGCUAUAUAUGUUCUAAGCUUAGAUUUACUAAUGUAUAAAUAGAUACAUUUUGUCUCCUUUACCCUUGCCUUUCCCCCUAUGUAUCCCCAUGCCAUCUUUUUAAUGCUGGCAUCUCAAUUGUGAAUUAUGGUUAGGUGAAGUAUGGUUAAGUAUAGUAUAUCUUGGUUGAGUACACGUGAUGUCUAGUAGGUGAAGUAACUAACUGAUGGUUGUGAAAUGAGUCCUUGUCUUGCCCUUACUUAUAAUAUGCUACAUCUGUUCUGAUUUAUCCCCAGGUUGGAGCAGCCAUCUCUAUGACUUACACCACAGGACAGCCCAUUGUGUUUGUUGGCACUGGACAGACAUACAGUGACCUCCGUAAUUUGAAUGCCAAGGCUGUGGUGUCUGCCCUCUUGAAGCCAUAAACGUUUGGGCCUUGGCUCUUGCCGAUUUCUUUCAGAGAUGUCUUUACCAAGAUCUAAUAAAAUUGACAGCGCCACCAUAACAAACUGCACACAGAUGUUUUUGACAAAAAUCAUAUUAACUUGAUAAAAAUCUUAGUAAAUUGACAGUGCCGCCAUAAUGAGCUGUCCACAGAUGUGUUAAAAAAAAAUUAUUAAACCUACGUCGUCAUCUUUAAUAAACCGCACACAGUUCUUCAAUGUCGAAUCCCAUUGUUUUUGUUAGCACAAUAAUGUCAAUGUGCUUACUUUAUGGAAUAAUUUUGACAAAUGAGCCAUAAGACGCUAAUCAACUAUAGACUUUGUAAAAGAAAUGCAUCUUUUGUCUUUAUUUGAGUGAAAUGUUAUAUUGCAGGUUUCAAAUUUCAACAAUUCUUUUAUUUUGGUUUUAACCAAAACAUAAAAAAAACCCACCAAAGUAUAGAAGAAUAAUGGCUAACAUUUUUUCCUUUGUUGGGAAUAAAAUUAUAAUUUUUGUUCAAUACUCACAGAUGGUAAUUAUCAUAAUUGUUAAAUUUUAAGAAAAUGUAUUGGUUAAAUAUCAAGAAACAAUGACACCAAUGAUUUUCAGUGAAGUUCAUAAUUUUAGAGGCACUUUGUUUUCUGUUCAUCCGUAGUAGUGUUAAGAAUUUCAUCGGAUCUGGGAAAAAAAAUUGCUACCUGGCAUCACUUUUUUCCCUCGUCCUGUUUUUAGGCAAAAUGCAAAUUUAUAAUCUCCUGGGUUCCUUAAAGUAAUUUUGUGAGACAGUUAAAAAAAAAAAUAUAAAGAUUUCUUAUUCCAUACCACUCAAAAAGUGAAGAAUCAUAAUGAAGGGCCAAGCUCAUGUCAGAUUUUUUUUUAUACAACCCAGCCUGUUUUUAUCUCUCAAGUUACAUUUAUUGUUUACCAUCUAAUUGUUAUACUGUCUUUUUUUUUAAGCAUGACUCCUAAAUGAUACUAUCACAAUGUUUGUUGUACCAAUAUAAAGUAGUAUUACGAUUCAGUCACUCAUGUGUUGAAACAUUGUAUUUUGUAUUCACCUUAUUUCUUAUUAGACUAAUUCUAUUACAGUAAGUUAAUCAUGAAUAUGUUAUUUUAAUUUAAAUUAAAAAAAAAAAAAUGUAGGUUUGUUCUGGAAAUGAAACAUUGAACAAAAAAGCAAUUACUUCCAAUGUUAACCUAAAGGUGCACUGACUUAAUCUAAUGCUUAGUCUUACUGACUGACACAUAGAUUUCAUGUAGACUGAAACCUCUCCUCUUUAUUUUUAUUACAGGAACUUGAUAUGUUCUUUAAAAGCAGGCCUGCACAUCAUACGGCCCGCGGAACCCACUUUGUGGAGGGCGGAGUAACGAAAUAAUUCUUUAUUAUUAUUAUUCUCUUAAUAGCUUUUCCCCGCUGUCCUAUUUUCUUUCGGCCCGCUGCAAGUUUUUCAUAAAGUAUUACGGCCCGCCUUACAUUCUGAGUUAAGCAGGCCUGUUUAAAAAGUGUCCUAGUGAAGUUCAGUGUAAGAUUUGUUACCCCUUGGAAUUAAAAUGAGUGUUUUAGUAAGCAUUCCAUAAUUACUUAUGAUAAGCAAAAUUUAUGCUGUUCAAAUCCAUCAUUAUUUUCAUGCAGUUAGGCCCCUCGGAAUACCCCUUUAUUGUAUUGACUUCAGGUAUAUGAUGAUGUCUUCUACAUAAAUGUGUGUUUAGGUUUUAUUUCAAUUUUUUUCCCCUUUCUUUUGACACUGUAAUUUGACCCUGUUAAGGACUGUUAUUUUUGAAAAUUUAUUCUUUAUAUUUUACUUUUGAUUUAGAUCAAACCUUUAAGUUGAAACGAUAUGAAAUCUGUCAUUUCAGAAGAGAAUUUAUUCUCAAGCAGUCUAGUCUAAGUCAUUAAGUUUUAUUUAUUAAUGUCAACAGUUGUGAAUUUUUCGUUCCCAGUUUUAUUUCCAGGUUUUGGGUUUCUUUUGUGUAAAAUUAGAAAGGCAUAUUCUGGAAUGUGUAACAUUAAGCACUUAAAUUUAAGAUCUCAUACUAAAGUUUCUCUUAUGUUUUCAUCCCCUGUUAUUUUUGUUCUCUCUGUUACUUACUAAUAGAAUUGCAAAGUCAUGUGAUAUGUUUUUUAAUGGCCAUUAAUGUUCUGAAACAAUGGCAAAGAGUUAAAGUAAUUUUGUUGCAUUUAAAAAAAAAAAAUUUCAAAGAAAACAAAUAGUUUGAAGUUUAUUUAAGAAGAUUUCAAAACAUAGGCAUCAUCAUAAAGAAACAUUAUUUAAGAGUUUUAUCUUUUGGUAGAUAUUAAUUGUUAUUAUAAUCCCAAUUAAUAAAUAUUAUCUACCAUUGAAUAUACAUGACUUUCUAUGAACCAUGUAUGUUUAAUAAAGAUAUAAUUAUGUUACCACAUAAAUAAUCAUUUUUAUGUCAUUCAUCAUACCUUACUGUUAUGAAGUAAGCACCGGUACACAUUUCAGAUAAAUAAAAUGUAGAGAGAGCGAUUGUACUGUUCAUUACGUAGAGAAUAAGACGUGGUAUAUUUGACAACUAUUGUGAAUUUUUUUUGUAAUGAGUUGAAAUUUUUGCUUUCUUUUAAGCAACAGUUUGUAACUGCAUACACAUCACAAUAAAGUCAUUAAGUGGUCAACUACUUUUUUUUUAAAGAGAUAUAAUUGAGGAAUAAAGUCUUCUACACAUUUCAGUUGACGGACUGCCUCAACUCUCAUGCAUUUCUUCACUUUUGUUAACAUACAUUUUCUGCAUCUCUUUAAGCAUCUUAUAAUAACAUUGUGAUAUUUGUGUGUACAUUUAUAUAUGAAACUGAACAUGUUGUUCUUUAACACGACUGGGCCCUUAAUUUUUGCAACAGCAAAGACUUUAUUUGUUGUACAUUGUCAGUCACAUGUUUUGAUGGUGGAUGGGUUUUGGCUUCCUUCAGAAUAAAUGUUUUACUAUUUACAGCAGCUCCUCUUCAUUGAGUUUUUUUUUUACCUUCAAAUAUUGGACAUUCCAUCAUACAGUCACCCAAAAUUAUCAACAGUCAGUCAUCUCACUUGCAUUAUUCCAUUCUCACAUUGCUAAUGUGAUGAUUAAAUUUAAAGAAAUACAUUUUAUUUGAAAGCAUUUUUUUUUUUGGUUUUGUUUUGGUUGAAAAACAUACAUUUGAACUUUGCAGAAAUUAACUUUAAAGAUUCCAGUAAUAAAAAAAUAUUUUAUGGCUC